UCCCCUAAAUUCCAAGGAAUAGAAGUCCCAGAGUACUCUUUACUUGCAAAUUAAAUUUAUACCAAAAGUUAUCUAAAAUAAGGAGUCGGAGUCCUUACUCUGCCCCUCGUCAAAGUUCGAACUUUCAGCAUUCUACGCGGUUUUAUUACUACAACUGUUGCCUCACUCACUCCCACUACAGCUACACUCCACAUCCCCACGCAUCUCUGCGUGCACUUCCUUUUUAAAGUUUUUCAGUGGCAGUGAGUGACAGCGCGUCGGCAGACCAGUGCCUGACCACCAUCACCUCCUCCCUCCUCCAUUGCUAAACCCUUCAUUUCUCUCCUCUUUCUUUCUCUUUCUGUUCUCUCCCAUGGCUGCUGCUCUUCUUCGAGCACUCGUCCUCUUCUCUCUCCUUCUCCCACUUUAUUCUUCUUCUUCUUCCGCCGAUGCUUCCAAGAAAACUUUCAUUGUGCAGGUUCAUGGAGAUUCCAAGCCUUCCAUUUUUCCAACUCACAAGCACUGGUACGAGUCAUCUCUAGCCUCCAUCACUUCCAAUAAGGCUACAUAUGCUACUUCAUCUUCUUCCAAUGGACCCAUCCUUCACACUUAUGAAAAUGUCUUCCAUGGCUUCUCUGCAAAGCUCUCACCUUCUGAGGUUGAGAAGCUUCAAACCCUCCCUCACAUCGCCUCCAUCAUCCCCGAACAGGUUCGCCAUCCUCAUACAACUCGUUCCCCUGAGUUCCUUGGCCUCAAGACUACCGAUAGUGCUGGCUUGCUCAAAGAGUCCGACUUUGGAUCUGACCUUGUGAUCGGAGUUAUCGAUACGGGUAUUUGGCCGGAGAGGCAGAGUUUCAACGACCGCGAUCUGGGUCCUAUUCCUUCCAAAUGGAAAGGGCAGUGUGUUGCGGCUAAGGACUUUCCAGCCACUUCUUGCAACCGUAAACUUAUUGGGGCUCGAUUCUUCUGCAGUGGGUACGAGGCCACCAAUGGAAAGAUGAACGAGACCUCUGAGUACCGCUCGCCUCGAGAUUCCGAUGGCCAUGGUACUCAUACAGCGUCCAUUGCUGCAGGCCGUUAUGUGUUUCCAGCUUCAACUUUAGGCUAUGCUCGUGGUAAAGCGGCUGGAAUGGCUCCUAAGGCUCGUCUUGCUGCCUAUAAAGUCUGCUGGAACGCCGGCUGCUACGACUCUGACAUUCUUGCUGCGUUUGAUGCUGCCGUUUCCGAUGGUGUCGAUGUUGUAUCACUCAGCGUCGGCGGUGUGGUUGUGCCAUACUAUCUCGAUGCCAUCGCUAUAGGGGCUUUUAGAGCGGUGGCAGCCGGCGUUUUUGUCUCGGCAUCAGCCGGUAACGGUGGUCCAGGUGGGCUCACUGUGACUAAUGUAGCACCGUGGGUUACAACAGUAGGAGCUGGAACCAUGGAUAGGGAUUUUCCUGCUGAUGUUAAAUUGGGAAAUGGAAGGGUAAUACUUGGUACCAGUGUCUACGGCGGACCGGCUUUGGUUCCGGGUCGUUUGUAUCCUCUUAUUUAUGCAGGAACCGAAGGCGGGGAUGGGUAUUCUUCGUCUCUAUGCUUAGAAGGUUCAUUAAACCCCAAUUCGGUGAAUGGAAAGAUAGUACUAUGUGAUAGGGGCAUCAAUUCAAGAGCUGCUAAAGGUGAGGUUGUGAAGAAGGCUGGAGGAUUGGGAAUGAUUUUAGCUAAUGGGGUCUUUGACGGCGAGGGUUUAGUAGCUGAUUGCCACGUACUACCAGCCACCGCCGUCGGUGCAACCGGCGGCGACGAGAUUCGUAAGUACAUUGCAGAAGCAGUGAAGUCUCAGUCACCGCCAACCGCAACAAUUUUGUUCAAGGGAACUCGGCUUGGGGUCAGGCCAGCACCGGUUGUUGCUUCCUUUUCAGCUCGAGGUCCUAAUCCAGAGUCCCCUGAAAUCGUGAAGCCUGACGUGAUUGCGCCUGGUUUGAACAUUCUUGCUGCUUGGCCUGAUAAAAUUGGGCCUUCUGGAAUUCCUACUGACAAGCGUGCCAUAGAGUUCAACAUACUUUCCGGUACGUCCAUGGCCUGUCCUCAUGUCUCUGGCUUGGCUGCUCUACUUAAGGCCGCACACCCAGGAUGGAGUCCAGCAGCUAUAAAAUCAGCCCUAAUGACCACUGCUUAUACUUUGGACAACCGGGGUGAAACAAUGUUGGACGAAUCUUCAGGCAAUACUUCCACGGUCUUGGACUUUGGGGCUGGUCAUGUACACCCACAAAAGGCAAUGGACCCUGGUUUAAUCUAUGACCUGAACACAUAUGAUUAUGUUGAUUUCUUGUGUAAUUCCAACUACACCGCUAAGAAUAUCCAAGUAAUUACGGGGAAGAUAGCAGAUUGUAGCGGGGCAAAAAGGGCUGGCCAUACUGGAAAUUUGAAUUACCCUUCAUUGUCUGUGGUGUUUCAACAAUAUGGUAAGCAUAAGAUGUCUACACAUUUCAUAAGAACUGUGACUAACGUUGGGGACGCCAAUUCAAUCUAUAAGGUAACAAUAAAGCCACCAAGUGGAAUUUCAGUGACAGUGGAGCCGGAAAGGCUGGCGUUUAGAAGGGUUGGGCAAAAGUUGAGCUUUUUGGUUAGGGUCCAAGCAAUGGCUGUUAAACUUUCCGCUGGAAGCUCUAGCAUGAAGAGUGGCUAUGUAGUUUGGACUGAUGGAAAGCACGUAGUCACCAGUACUUUGGUUGUCACCAUGCAGCAACCUCUGCAGUAGGAUUCCAUAAUUUUGCUCUUUCCAACUACCUAGUUUUCUUCUCUGUAUGUACAAUGGAAAUGCUUUUCCUCUCUUCUUUUCUCUUAAUAUUUUUUGCUCUUUUUAAGUUUUCAAUAUCAGAAAACUGGUGGGGUUUGGUUUUGACACACGAUUAAGGAUGAUGAGUAUCUUUGGUUGUAAGACUAUGGAGAGUGUUUGUAAAAUAGUGUGUUUAGAAGCAUAGACCAGAGAUCAAUGUGAAAAGUCUUUUCCCCGGAA